AGCUUAUCAGUCGUAAGCAAGCAACGGAGGAGUAAACAUUCCUUUGUCUUUUAUCGAAAUGUAAGCUAGACAACAUAAUGUCUUUGCUACUUUCCAUCAUGGGCUUGUCUCAUCAUCGUCAUCGGCGGCUGGAGGCAAAAAUAUGUUUGCUGCCUUUCAUCAUGGGAUUGGGCUUGCUCUUUCCUCGGCUGAAGGAACAGGACUUGCUCGCCUUAACUUCUGACGACUUCUUGACUGCAUCACCAGUGCUGUCCAGAUCACCUGACGACUUCUUUACUGCAUCACCAAUGUUGAGUUACCUUUCAUGGAGACAGCGGGCUAGAAGCAACGUCGGUUCCAUCUUUGGCAAAGAAACGUUCCAAAUGAAUCUCGACUUACCAGCAGAGGUCUCCGUGAAAACACCCGACGGCAUCACAGUCAUGAAUCUCGAAGAAAGAAAGCUAGCUAAUGGUUACUCCUCCAGCCAGUUCUCAAGACUGUACACGGUUCCUGAAGGCUUCAACUCUGAGGCAGACGAGUCCAGGCUAUCAUCAGAAGGCAUCUUCUCGACCAAAGCUCGCGUGGCUCCGUUGAAGAACGUAAAGUCGGUGCCCGUCGACGAACCUGGGCCGAUUCUGACGAAAAUUGAGGACUUGAUAGCUUGGGAAAACCUCGCUAGAUAAUGAAGAUUCAACGUGAGGAUCGGGGUCAUCUUUUCUUGCGCAGGUUGAAAGAAUUAUAUGACCGUGGUUGUCACUUUGGGAGUUCGUUAUAGGAAGGUCAUAGAAUUAAGUGAAGUGGCUGGAUCCAUAAGCUAAUCUAUGGCCAUAAUGUCAAAAUAUAAAAUUAUUGAAUAUUAUUUUACAGCUCAUAAUUCAUAAAAAUAGGAACUGCUUAUUUUAAGUUAAUAGGUAUAAGUUUAAUGAAGUAUAAAGACUGAUUUUAUGCUCACUCUCACGUAUUCGUAAUCGUAAAAUAGGAACUGCAAAACUUAAGUUAAGAUUAUUAUAAGUCAUCUAGGUUUUUAAUUUUUAUUUAGUACUUUAACGCAUCAAAUAUAAAUUCUUAAAAUGUA